UUAUUGGCAUCUUAAAAACGCACACGCUUUCGUAAAGCUUCCAUGCGUAAGCGACUGUGACGCUCGCAAUUCCUUUCGAUUUAUUAGGUCUGUUGCUGUACUUGCUUUUUGCUUUUGCUGUAGGUUGCUGUAAGAAAAUAAUAUGGACAGCAAGUUUUUUACUGUUUAUAAUCUUACAUAAAAGCUAGUACGGGAACAGACCUAUAUUGACGCCAAACAUAUAUACUCGAUGUUGCUUAUUUGUCAACUUAUCAUUCCCAAAUUAGUUUAUCCAUUUUUGGGUAGGUUCAGUUUUGACCGAUCAGAUUUGAUCCUACUUAAAUUUGAGUAGUUUUGAAAUAGCGUAUAGAAUCUAAUUAAAAUGCAUUAUACAAAAUUAAGAAGACGAUUCAGACAAUCACGACCGGUAUUCAGAUUUAGGCAGGUCCCUAUCAAGACAUCCAAUAAGGAAUUUUAUUGCAUGCGAUCUUCACCGUAUAGGUAUUAUUAUUCGUAGCAUCUCAAUCGUUAGACGUUCCUUUCCCGGCAGGUACUCAGUAAUAGCAGACAGUUCAGUAGAACCUGUCGAGCGAAGUGGUUGCUCUGAGUGAUUUAACGUAAUGCUUAAUAUUUGAAAGUUUUCAAUUAGGUAAAACCACCAGGUUCGAAAUGAAAAGGCGAUAACACCUGGCGAGAGAGUAUAGAAAGAAUAAAGCAACCAAAACCGUCAAACAAUCAGUUUACCUAAGUACUGUGUCGGAAAAUAAGCAGCAAUAUAGUGUUGAGAAGUCUGACAACAAAAAUAGCAAAUCAUCGAAAGGUUGAGAAGUUGAUAGGAACAUUGGCGAUACGUGUGGUGCUGAUAAUCUGAUUGAGUUGAUACCGUCUCGUAGGCGGAAGGCUCUCCGUGCAACAGACAUCAGUUGAGUGUGUGAUGCGCGACCGAACAGGUGACCACAUUAUGCGGAAUCGGUGAGAAUAUUCCCAGUGUGCUAAAUAACGGUUUUUGCCAAAUUGGGCAAAGGUGUAUGGGGAAAUUCGAGUUUUAGUAGCAAAAAUAGUGCAAUGAUCAGUGAUAGUGAUUAUCGGGAUUGAUAGUUGUGCAGGAAAGUUGCAGGGUCACAGUGUCGGUCGCGACAAGUUCAACGACCGUAAAGUCGAUAUCGAUUGAAAGGUGUCAAGCGUCUAUUUGUGAUAACUGUGUUUUGAGGCAAAGUGAAAUCGCAACAAAAAUGAAAUCUAACUACAUGUGCGGAUUAUCAUGUUGGCAUCCAACAUGGCUUCAGCGAUUUGCGACGUCACGUUCCUUUAUCAUGGUGUACGGAUUCCUGGGCACCACACAGGCAAUGGCCUAUAUUUACUUCGUAAUCACCCUGACCACACUGGAGAAGCGCUUCAAAAUUCCAUCGUCUACGACAGGAAUCAUCCUCAGCGGAAACGAGAUAUCGCAAAUCCUUCUAUCGCUCAUCCUUUCGUACGUGGGAGGCCACAGAAAUCGCCCCCGAUGGAUAGCAUGGGGUGUAGUGUUCUGUGCUCUUUCCUGCUUCAUCCUAGCAACGCCUCACUUCAUCUACGGAGCUGGCGAUGCUGCGUUACAACUAACGAAAGAGUACAUUAACGAUAAGGAAGCGGAAGCACUGCUCAACAGCCACAACCUGACGAGGAUUGUGAAAAGCACAAAUCGACUCUGUAUGGACACGUUCAAUACGAAAGAGUGCCACGACGUCAUCUCAGUAGUUCCACUGGUUUUGAUAUUCAUGUCUCAGUUUGUGCUGGGCAUUGGAAACACUCUCUAUUACUCGCUUGGUCAAACCUAUCUGGAUGACAACACUAAGAAAACGAACACCCCACUGAUGCUGGCCUACGCGUCGUCGCUGAGAACGUUCGGACCGGUAGUUGGAUUUGCACUUGGAUAUUUUGCCUUGAAGAUUUACAUUGAUCCAACUAAAACACCCGUCAUCGACAGUUCCGACCCGCGAUGGUUGGGAGCCUGGUGGUUAGGAUGGAUUAUCCUGGGUGUAGCUAUGCUUAUUUUUGCAGCGCUUAUUGGGCUGUUUCCGAAGGAUCUUCCAGCGAAAAAAGAUGCCACGGAUAGGCCGAAAUCGACCAAACCAGUAAUAUUGAUGAACGACGCGGAAGCAUUCGGGAAGGAAAAGAACCCCCUGAGUAAAAUGAAGGAUCAAAAUAGCUUCCCAGUACAGAGCAAGGAUGAAGUCGGCACGAUAGUGGAGUUUCCAAAAUUGAAAGACUUCCCGAAAGCACUGAUGCGACUCCUGAAGAACAAGUUGCUCAUGUUCAACAUUCUCUCCGGCAUAUUCUACAUUCUCGGAUCCAGCGGUUACAUCACAUUCCUGAGCAAGUAUAUCGAAGUCCAAUUCCACAAAACCACAGCAAACGCCACAGUCAUAACCGGUCCCAUCACACUGUUCGGCAUGGUUGCCGGAUUCCUAAUCUCAGGCAUUGUUAUCUCCAAGAAGAAGCCCUCACCGAAGAUAUUACUUUUCUGGAACGUAAUCGUUGGCGUCGGCUAUAUGCUCGGCCAAUUCUCGUACUUAUUCCUAACCUGUCCGGAUGGCAAUAUGCCGCUGGUCCAGGGCCGUCUGAAUCUUUCAACCACAUGCAACAGUCAAUGUCACUGUGACGGAAUUCCGUACAAUCCUAUCUGUCAGGAAGAAACAGGAAUCACGUUCUUCUCCGCCUGUCACGCUGGUUGUGAUGCGUGGGAUGCCAAGGGAAAAUACUACGACCGAUGUACCUGCCAAAAUGAAAACUAUUCACCUAUAACGAAACCUUGGGAAAUGCACCCUACUUAUAGUUCCGUCCUUGUUACUGCAACUUCCACAUCCAGAUCUACAACUACAUCAACGUCAACGUCGACAUCUGAGGCGCCCAGUAGUACAAUAAACAGUAUUACUACAUCAACAACGGCUGAGCCAGAAUAUGCUGCUUCUCCAAUACUAAAAUCAAUGCAACCUCAAAAGAACAGCACUGAAACAGACAAGACGUCCAAAUCGGAAGAAACACCUUUAGAUGAUGUGUACAUCUACGAUGACGACGAUGACGCUGACGCCGACGACAAUGAUUAUCGGUAUGAGGAAAAAGACUUGAACGCAACCACAAGCGAGAAAACUGAAGAAAAGGAAGAGAAACAGUCCGCGCGAAGGCGCCGAGAAGUAAAUGAAAAAGAUUUUACCACAUCUGCAACCCCCACCACUGAGAGUCUUUUCACCACUCGUCUUAUACCUGGUGCAUGCUUGAAGGGAUGCGCUCUGGGAUUCUAUCUUUUCUCAAUCAUAUCCAGUAUUAUUAACUGCUUUGGAGCAUCUGGUCGCAUUGGGAAUUUAUUGGUCAAUUAUAGAUGCGUCGCCAAGGAAGACAAAUCGUUCACGCAAGGGCUGAUCCUGAUGAUGAUCAGUUUGUUCGCUCUGAUUCCAGGUCCGAUCAUCUACGGACGAAUCAUCGAUAGUACCUGCUUGGUGUGGACCGAAGAAUGUGGCAAGCGGGGGAACUGUCAGCUGUACGAUCAGCGACUGUUUCGAUACUAUAUCAAUCUGACGGCGUUAUGUUUAACGGCGAUCGGGGUAUUUUUCGACGUACUGGUCUGGUGGUAUGGUCGAACAUUGGAUCUAUACGGUGAUAGAGAGGAGGAGAUUAAGGCGACAACGGCGACCACAAAACCACAAUCCAAAAGCGCAUUCAAGUGAUUGCAGAGCACCAAGUGCCCCUUAAUUUGCUGUGUUGAUAACCACUUUUAGGAUAUUUCGGAUGUAAAUGUCCACUAACAUCAGGUUUAUGUGAUUUUUUAUUGUAAAAUAGAAUAAAAAUUCUAAAUUUCGCAAAUAUGCAUUCUAAAUCUGUGAUUUGUUAAAGCAAUAAUUUUGUUACGAUUGCAUUGCACGAUUGUGAAUAAAUUUGAUAAACAAUCCCAA